AUGGAUGAUCCCGAACCGACAGCAGAACCAGCUCCCGACUCCGCGAGCAAUCCACAUCCCGUAUCAGAGCCUGCUCCCUUGGAUACCGAUAACGAUCGACCGCCCCAAAAUUCACCCUCUAUCAAUCUCGUCGCCGAGAACUUGAUCAGUCGAGAGCCUUCACAAUUGAGUCAGAACAGCUUCUAUACUUCAGCCCAAUGGACCGCCGACGGAACUUCUCUCCUCGUCUCAUCCUCCCUCAACUCCAUCUCCACCUUUGUCCUCCCUGACGACCUCCUCGACCCAGCCUCGUCCCACCCACGCCAUCUGGAGCCCCAAUCUUCAAUCGCCCUCCCUGAACCAUCGCAGACUGUCGUCGCCGCGCCCUUCUACUCCCUUGCCGACCCGGCCUCGCAGACCGUACUCGUCGGCUGUCGCGACCACCCAAUUCAGCUCUACCACCUCUUCCCUCCCGAGCAUGAUGGGGUCGCAUCGCGUGCCGCCCCGCUCGCCUCGUAUAAGCUCAUCUGUCAGGAAACGGAAGAGUACAUCACACCCUCGUCCAUGCUGUGGGAGGCUCCCGGGACCCAUUUCCUGUGCGGCUCGGCAAACCGUCUCGACUACUUUGACACGACACGGCCAGGCUCCGAUGGUCCUCUUCUCACCAUCCCCACAAUACCCUCAAAACGGUUCACUGCAAAGGGAGGCGGUGUCGGCAUGAAGGGCACCGUUGCGGCCCUAGCAGCUUCCCCUGUCGAUGCCAAUGGCGGCAGUAUUGUUGCUGCUGGGACGUGGUCUCGUUGGAUAGGGCUAUACGACGUACAUCGCUCGGACAAGGUUAUCUCCAACUGGGCCCUCCCACGCCCUGAUGAUCUAGACGGGGCUUCCGGGGGACAGGGUGUUAUCCAGGUACGCUGGAGUCCCUGUGGAAGAUAUCUUAUCAUCAACGAACGCCACGCCUCUGGCAUUGUCGUCUAUGACAUCCGCGGCGUAGGCCAGCUUCUUUGCACAUUAAAGGGUCGAAACGCGCCAACGCAACAGAAGAUGACACUUGAUGUAUUCUCGGGCGACCCCUAUGCGCAAACACCAUCAUUCGAAGUCUGGACAGGCACUCAUGAUGGCGGCGUUGUAGUUUGGGAGGGCGUGGGUAGUCAGGCCGGAGUCGUAGAGCCCUCCUGGGACUGGAAAGGCCACGAUGCGCCUGUAGGGAGCACUGCCCUCCAUUCAAGCGGUUCCGUAGUUGCGACGUGCUCUGGAGGAUGGGGCUUUGGGGAGUCGCCAGGCGCGCAGACUGUAUUCAAAGAGUCGAGCGUAAAGGUUUGGUCGAUAGGGGGUUGA